UGAAGCUAGACAAAUUCAGACUGGAAAUAAGGUGCAACAUUUUUAACAGUGAGAGGAAUUAACCCCCAGAACAAUUUACCAAGGGUUGUGGUGGAUUCCCCACCACUGGAUGUUUCUCUAAAUGUUCUGGUCUGGUUCAGUUCAGGGAAGUUUGCUGGCUCGUGUUACACAGGAAGUCAGGCUAGACGAUCACAGUGGUUCCGGCUGGCGGUACAGUCCGUAAAUCUAUGAAGGCUGAUUUGCAUGGAAUGAUUUGCAAGAAAAGGCCUUCAAGGGCUAGACAUAAGGGAAGUUUAAAUGAGCUGCUGGGAGUCAGGACUCCUGGGUUCUAUACUCAGCUUUGGGAGGGGAGUGGGGCCUCAGAGUCAGUCCUAGAAAUAGGAGGGGCUGGUCCCUGAGCCCCCACCACUGGCCCCACUCUGCAUAGGGGAAGCUCUAACAGAUGGCUGUUUAACCCCUGCAGUGCUUGCACCGAGCCAUGGAUUCAGCGUGGACAUGGAGGGACCCAUCACCUUCCAGGAGGCUGCUGCAGGGUUCGGGCAGAGCGUGGUGCAGUUCGGGAGUGCCAGCGCUGGGGGGCUGCUCGUCGGGGCCCCGCUGCAGACAGGAAACGUGAAUGAAACCGGCAAAGUCUACAAGUGCGUCCCGGGCUCCGGACGCUGCCAGGAGAUCCCCAUCCAGAGGCCCGCUGAUGCUGUGAAGAUGUCCCUUGGUUUGUCUCUGGCUGCCCAGAGCUCCCAGCUCCUGGUGUGCGGCCCCACGGUGCACCAGGCCUGCGGGGAGAACAUGUACGUCAAAGGCUACUGCUUCCUCCUGGACCAGAGCCUCCGGCAGCUCCGGCGCAUCCCAGACAGUCUGCCAGAGUGUCCCAAACGCCCCACAGACAUCGUGUUCCUCAUUGAUGGCUCAGGCAGCAUUGGUUACCGUGACUUUGGAACAAUGAAGACGUUUGUCAUCGAGGUCAUAAGGCGUUUCCGUGGCACCGACACGCUGUUUGCCCUCAUGCAGUUCUCCAGCACUUUCAAGGAGCACUUUGACUUCAAUAAGUUCAAGAGCACCCGUGACAUAGAUUCACUCGUCGGUCAAGUUGAACAGCUCAGAGGAGCUACCUACACACCCACUGCCAUCCAGAAAGUGGUGAGGGAGCUGUUUAUCUCACAGAAAGGAUCCCGGGAUGGAGCUGCCAGGAUUCUCAUUGUGGUAACAGACGGCAUGAAAAAUGAUUACCUUCAAUACUCAGACGUGAUUCCAGAGGCAGAGAGAGCUGGGAUCAUUCGCUACGCCAUCGGGGUUGGCCGGGCCUUCUCCCAGUAUAGUGCCCAGCGGGAGCUCCAUGAGAUCGCCUCUAAUCCCACCAACGAGCACAUCUUCCAGGUGAAUGACUUUGAUGCUCUUCGGGGCAUCCAGAACCAGCUGCAGGAGAAGAUUUUUGCCAUUGAAGGUACCGGACCAGGGAGAAGCACUUCACUUGCUAUGGGGCUGUGUAAACAGGUUCCUGGGGUAGCGAUGGGCCAGGGAGCUGCUGGGAUUCUGUACCGCAAAGGGACCCAGGAGCUAUCCCUCUAA